AUGCUAGAAGAGGACCGGCGAGUGCUCGAAGUGUUCGAACGAGGAGUACUGAGGACGAUCAUUGGCGGCGUGCAGGAGAACAGAGAAGAAGACGACCAGGGGCGCAGCGAGCAAGAUGGGUUGACCAGGUGGAGCGAAUCUGGCGGCGAAUACUCGGUGUCCCAGGGACUUGAGAGCGACAACCAGGAACAGAAUCACAUUCGGACUCAUACCGGCGAAAAGCCAUUCCAAUGUAAAGUCUGCAGCAAAGCGUUCCAUGCGGCAAGCAUCCUGCGCGUCCACACGCAAAUUCACAACAAGGACCAACAUAAGUGUCCUCAUUGCCUUAAAAAAUUCGCACUGCAAUCUCGACUUAAGGUUCACAUUCGGACUCAUACCGGCGAAAAGCCAUUCCAAUGUAAAGUCUGCAGCAAAGCGUUCCAUGCGGCAAACAACCUGCACAUCCAUCUGCGAAUUCAUAACAAGGACCAACAUCAAUGUCCUCAAUGCUCUCACAAAUUCGCACUGCGAUCCAGUCUUAUAGAGCACAUUAGGACUCAUACAGGCGAAAAGCCGUUCAUGUGUAAAGUCUGUAGCAAAACGUUCCAUGCGGCACGCAACCUACGCGUUCAUAUGCUAAUCCACAACAAGGACCAACAUAAGUGUCCUCAUUGCCUUAGAAAAUUUGCACUGCGAUCCCAACUUAAAGAUCACAUUCGGACUCAUACCGGUGAACAGCCGUUCAUGUGUAAAGUCUGUAGCAAAACGUUCCAAGUGGCAAGUAACCUGCACAAACAUAUGCUAAUUCAUAACAAGGACAAACAUCAAUGUCCUCAAUGCUCUCACAAAUGCGCACUGCGAUCCCAACUUAAAGACCACAUUCGGACUCAUACCGGCGAAAAGCCAUUCCAAUGUAAAGUCUGCAGCAAAGCGUUCCAUGCGGCAAGCAUCCUGCGCGUCCACAAGAAAAUUCACAACAAUGACCAACAUAAGCGUCCUCACACCGGCGAAAAGCCAUUCAUGUGUAAAGACUGUAGCAAAACGUUCCAUGCGGCACGGAACCUGCGCAAACAUAUGCAAAUUCACAACAAGCACCAACAUCAGUGCCCUCAUUGUUCAGCAAAGUUCGCACAACAAUAUCAACUAAAGAUUCACAUCCGCUUGCACACCGGUGAGACGCCAUUUCCAUGUAAAGUCUGUGGUAAAAAGUUUCAUGCGAAAUCCAACCUGAAGAAACAUAUGAAAGUUCAUAACAAGGACCUGCGACAGUCUGCGUAA